CUCUCUCUCUCUCUCUCUCUCUUGCAGAUGACCGAGAACUCCCAGCUUACGGCCUAGGCAAAGUAAGCGCCGGAUCCUUGGCUCGUAGGCUUCAUUCGGGCACAUGUUUAAAGGAAAGAGCAUGGCGGUUUCUGUCCCAGCACCUGGACAAUAUCCCUCUAGCCUAGUCGUUUCUCUCUCCGCCAAAUAGCCACAACCCUUAUUUAUUCACAAAAGGAAACAGCCUAGUCCUUGGCUUUGCUGUCUUACUGUCUGAUAGUGUAUAAAAGUAUAAUCGAACUCGCAGUUAUCGGUCAAUCCAUACCUUUCCCGCAGCGAGCAACGUUUCUGUUCGGCUAUAUUCAUCAAAGACACCGCGAAAGUGGUCGUAAUGGACAAUAUGCGGACAGUUUCAACCUUUCGUUCGAUGUUACCACUACCUAAGCCGAGGACAGAAGUUGACUUGGAGAUGCAAAGCCAAGAAUCUCAAACCCCAGAAAGAUCGCUCUCGUUUAAACAUCGCUUGAAAACCUUGGGGACCAUUUUCUGUCUUCCGAGGGAAAGUGUUGACAAAUUUCCGAGCAUUAAUGCGUACUGCGGCUACAUCGAAUCCCAGUUCCCACCGCUAUCAGGCUCAGACUCCAUACCUUUGUGGUCGUCGUUUCUCGACACAACGGCAGGAGAAACAGAAUGUUACUGGAAGUUUAUGUACGAGGUAGCUGCUGCUUUGAAAUCGGCAGAAAAAGACGCUAGUAUAGAGGAGCUGAAAAAUCACAUUGUAUCCUCACACGGAAAUGUGAGAGAUGAUGGGGACUUUCAUAUAUCGAUGGCUGUCUUCGCUGCAGUGUGCUGGUUGACCCUGACAGUUCAGCCAUCGCUGGAGUUGGAAACUCCCGGCACCCAGGCUUCACUCGCAUGUAAGUUUCCAAGCUUGACCGAAGGCCCGAGUAUAAGCAGUCGGAUUAUCAAGCAGAGCCUGAGAGAGGCAAAGCGGCCGAUCAAACGAGUAUUUGAGUUAUUCAGACGCAACGCUUGGGGCGAUCAGCCUCCAAACAUGGAUACUUCGGCUGGGGAAAAUGAUAAUCUAUACGAAGGCAGUCUGAAUCUUGAGGUUCUGCUAUUCGGGCGGAUCAGAAUCCAGUGGGUAGACACUCUAAGUGAACAUCUCAUGUUCGACCCGGUCAGCCGACAUCUUUCCAUCUUUCGAUUCCCGACAUUUUGCGUCUUGUCUGCCCUGCGAAAGGAGGGAAAAGAAACACUUCCUGUUCUCGAUAGCAUUAACGAAGGAUUCAUGCCGACUUCCGCGGAGAACCGGUACCAGAACUACGUCACUUUGGAACAAGAGGUCUUGGUCUCUUAUCGCCUCCUCUUCGGAAAGAGCGCUCGGUCGAGGAAGAUCAUCAGGUCGGAUCUCAAGAAGCUGGAGAAAAGUGGCCAGCCGUUCGACACCCUACUACAUACUCUUUGCGGCCCGAAGAAGGAGGUCGACAAACUGCCGCGCAACAUCUGGCCGGUGGGAUGUAGAGACUUUGAGAAGGAGACGCUCUUGGAGAGCGACGUCUACAGCGCCCAGAGCGAUUUCCCACGGCUGGGCUAUCGCCUGAUCAAUCUCCAGAGGUUCAGCCUGCGCCAGAAGCCUCGCCGGUUGACGGAUCUUUGGAGAGAUCGCAGGAAUCCCCUGCAGUGGUAUACAUUUUGGGCAGUCCUGUGGGUAGGAGGUGCUGGUAUUGUACUGGCUAUUAUACAAACGGUUCUUGCAGGUUGUCAAGUUGCCAGAUCUUGAAGAUCUCAAUCACUCGGCCAAAGGAAGUUUUCGGGCAAAGAAGUCGAGUUUGUUCUGUACGGGAGCAGUUUCCGUAUCUGGGUUUUGUUGCUCAGCCUGAGAAGUAAAACUGUAUUAAGAUGCAACUAUUAGAAUCACUCACAGUCAAAGUUGUGAAGAGGCUUCGUGUAGCUUCAACGGCAAUAUUGGCACUGAUCGGGAAGACAGCAUCGAUAACAGUCAAAUCAUCGACAUCAGAAUUAAAGUCAGACAUCCCCCAUUCUUCGGUACUUCUCA